UUUUAGAUCGUCAUGGAAUUAUUCUCUGAUCUCAACAUAAUGUGUCCAAAAGCUGGACAAGAAGAUGUGUACUACAAGCUGUGUCUCCAGUUAGGAUAUCGGACAAUAGCUUUUAAUCAUGUUAUUGACAUGUCUCAAGCUCUAGUGAAAAAUCAGCUGAAGCUUCCAAAGUGCAACCUUAAAAAGUGUGAUGACCUGCAAGUUUUACAUAGGAUAACCUUGGUGUGUUCAGAUCCUAGCCAUCUGAGAGCUCUUAAAAAUCCACAGCUCAAGAAGUUCGACAUUAUAGCACUCAGUCCUAAAUCAGAAGAACUUCUCUCGCAGAGUAUCUCGAAUUUCCCUAAUAGUUUUCAAAUUUUGUCUUUGGACUUUACUCAGAAACUGCCAUUUCGACUGAAGCAUACUCAUCUUCAUCCAUGUAAACUUAACAAUGUUGUGUUUGAAAUCUGCUAUGUUUCUGCCAUUAAAGACUCAUCAAGUUGCAGAAAUACUGUUUCAAACAGCAAGGAUUUAAAUUGGUCAUCAAGAGGGAGAGGAUUUAUUAUUUCAUCAGGAGCUGAGGAUCCUCUAUUUCUCAGAGGACCAUACGAUGUGAUAAAUUUGGUAACUCUGUUUGGUAUCGAGUUUAAGUCUGCAAAGGCAGCUAUCUCAACGAAUUGUGAGAUUGUGUUUCUCAAAGGAUUAACAAGAACUCAAACUUUUAAUGGUAUUUUGCAAAAGAAUGAACUGGCAACUAUUGAGGAUAGCAUUAUAGCAUUUCCAAAGCAACUCAUACUAACAGAAACAUCAGAGCAGCCAAGUUUAAGUAAAAAACUUAAAACAGUAUUAUAGUUUUUAAUUAUAUUUAGUUGUUUAACUUGAGUUUUAAUUUUUAACUAUUGUGUAAUGUGUUUGGUAAAUUAUGAUGCU